CUCAGACCAGCCAAACUCAGAUCCGCCACAGACGGGAAGGAUGCAGGUCACGGAGCCUCGAACCCUCCUGCUGGUGCUCUCGGGGUCCCUGGCCCUGACCGAGACCUGGGCAGGCCACCUUCACCACGGACCCAAGGACCCGCGUCUGGAGAAGGGUCAGACCCGGCCUCAGCCCCUCCCUGUUAUAGGAUCCCACUCGCUAAGAUACCUCCAUAUUUUGGUAUCCCGGCCCGGCCACGGUAGUGACCUUUACAGCUCUGUCGGUUUCUUGGACGACACGCAGUUCGUACGGUUCAGCAGCGAUGCCGCGAAUCCAAGGGUGGAGCCUCGGGCGCCGUGGAUGGAGCAGGAGGGGCGGGAAUAUUGGGAUCGUCAGACUGAUAUAGCCAAAGAACAUUCGAAGGCUUCAAGCUCGAACCUGCGGGUGAUCAUUGGCAACCACAACCAUAGCCAGUCGGAGUCGCACAGCUUUCUUUGGGUAUCCGGCUGCGACGUGGGAUCCGACGGGCGCAUCCUUCGAGGGUACGAGCAGUUCUCCUACGACGGCGACGAUUACAUCGUCCUGAAUGAAGACCUGCGCUCCUGGACCGCGAUCAGUACAGUGGCUCAGAUCAUCCGGCGCAAGUGGGAGGCGGAGGGAGUAGCUGAACAGUAUCGGGCAUACUUGGAGAUCGAGUGUGUGGAGUGGCUCCGCAAGUACCUCGAGAAGGGGAAGGACGUGCUGCAGCGCGCAGUUCCUCCAAAGACUCAUGUGACCCGCCACCCCUUCUAUGACAAUAAAGUCACUCUAAGAUGCUGGGCCCUGGGCUUCUACCCUAAGGAGAUCUCCCUGACCUGGCAGCGUGAUGGGGAGGACCAGACCCAGGACAUGGAGCUCGUGGAGACCAGGCCUUCAGGGGAUGGGACCUUCCAGAAGUGGGCGGCCCUGGUGGUGCCUUCUGGAGAGGAGCAGAGCUACACCUGCCAGGUGCAGCACGAGGGCCUGCAGGAGCCCCUCACCCUGAGAUGGGAGCCACCUCCUCUGUCCCUCAACCUCAUCAUGAUUUGCAUUGCUGUGAGUGUGCUUGUGGUCACUGUGCUUGGAACUGUGAUCUGGAGAAAGAGGAACUCAGGUGGAAAUAGAGGGAACUAUGUUCAGGCUGCAAGCUGACUUGUGUGGGACUGAGUGAAGAAAGAUUUGUUCAUGCCCCCAAGCUGUGACUUCAGAACCUGGCCUUCUGUUUUCCUAGAGGGCUUCUGAAUGUGUCUGCCUUGCUGUAGUUUCAUGUGAGGAAGUGCCGAGGUUAACCCAUCCCUGCCCAGCGCGGCCCCCAGUCCCCCUAUAGCAUUGUGUGUUUGCAUGUAGGGUAUAUCUCAGCUGUGGGCAGUUCUUUGUAUAUCAAUGUUGCUUCAAUAAAGCUGUGUGAAAAAUAAUAUCACUUUGAAAAGC